GUGCAUCAUUUCUCCAUUCGACCCAUAUCGAUUUGAGUUCAAGAAAUUAAACAUGGAAGAACAACAACUCGUUUUCUUGAAAAUGUUUGUAUUGUUUCUCAUCUUACCUUUAGCAGCUGCAACCGAAGACGGGCCGUCUUAUGAUUAUUCAGGCUACAUUGAGUGCAAAAAUGAGCCGGAAGAUCCGCUUUAUAAUGGUGGGAUGGUCAUUAAUCAAAACCAAUCUGUUUCGUCUACAUUCAUGUUGCCAAAUCUCUCAGGCAACACAAUCUACUCAUUCUCCAGUUGGGUAAAGAUAAAUGGCUCCAAUGCAACCACGAUCAAGGCGAGCCUAACUCUAGGCAAUGACACAAAAAUGUGUAUAGGAAAUGUCAUUGCAAAAAGCGAAUGUUGGUCGUUUCUGAAAGGUGGAUUUGUACUCGAGUCACCCUUGAACGAUGCCAUCGUGUAUUUUCUGGAUUCCAAUGGAUAUAACGUCAAUGUGACGCUUGCAAGCGCUUCUUUGCAACCAUUUACACAUCAACAAUGGCAAAAAGAUCAACAAAACAGCAUUGAUAAAGAAAGAAAGCGCGCUGUAACAAUCCAUGUAUCCGAUGAGGAUGGAAACAUGAUCGAAGGAGCUAGGAUCUUCGUCGAGCAAACUAAUAGAGAUUUUCUUUUUGGUUCAGCCAUAUCAAAGAAUAUUCUUGGGAACUUACCAUAUCAGAAAUGGUUCCUCGAAAGAUUCAACGCAGCUGUUUUCGAAAACGAACUAAAAUGGUGUGAAACUGAGCCUGAACAAGGGAGUGUCAACUACACUAUACCAGAUUUGAUGCUAGAUUUUGUGAGAGCUAAUCAGAUUACGGUCAGAGGGCAUAACAUAUUCUGGGAAGACCCAAUGUAUAUCCCUUCAUGGGUCCAAAACCUAACCGGUGAUGCGCUUUAUUCAGCUGUCAAGUCGCGCAUACAAAGCCUAAUGACUCACUACAAGAACCAAUUCGUCCAUUGGGACGUUUCCAACGAGAUGCUACACUUUGACUUCUAUGAGCAACAACUCGGUCAAAACGCCUCGCUGGAAAUGUUUAAAUUGGCCCAUGAAACUGACCCGUUAGCAUGGUUGUUUAUGAAUGAUUUUAAUGUGGUGGAGACGUGUGGUGAUCUGAACUCAAGUGUCGGUGCAUAUGUCGGUAGGAUGAAGGAGUUGGAGGAGGGUGGUGUUACUAUGGAUGGUGUUGGGUUAGAAGGACAUUUUACAAUCCCAAAUCCUCCUUUGAUUAGAGGUGUAUUGGACCAACUUGCUGCAUUGCAUCUUCCUAUUUGGCUUACAGAAGUUGAUAUCAGCAACACCCUUGAUCAAGAUACCCAAGGAAAGUAUUUGGAGGUAGUAUUGAGAGAAGUGUACUCACACCCAUCAGUAAAUGGGAUAAUGCUAUGGACAGCAUUGGACCUAAAUGGUUGCUACCAAAUGUGUCUCACAGAUCCCAAUUUUCAAAACCUACCUGCUGGGGAUGUUGUGGACAAUUUAUUGUUAAAAGAGUGGUCAACGGGGGUGGUCAAUGGUCAAAGUGAUGAAGAUGGGACUUUUAGCUUUGAUGGGUUCUUGGGUGAGUAUAUGGUCAAUGUUGACAUUGGAAAUAUGACUUCUAACUCAACAUUCUUCAUCUCCAAAGGAGAUGAAACCACCCAUUAUAGUAUUCAAUUGUAGUUUCUUUAUUGAAAAGAAGACUCAACUAUAUGGCACAUCUCUUACUAUUUAUUGUAUAUAGUUUUAAAAUUUAUGUUU